AUGAAUAACAAUCAUGUGGGUGCAGGAAAUCUAUAUGUUAGAAGUGAUGUGUAUAAGUUCUUGAGCAUCUUGCUGGAAAUGUUGACAGGAUUACGGGCUCUUGCCACCAAUCGUCCCUUCGGCGUGCACAACUUGGUGGAGUACGCAAAUCCAUCUCUUUCGGACAAAAGAAAGCUGAAGAAGAUAAUGGACCCAAGGCUAGAGGGGCAGUACCCUGCAAAAGCGGCGUCCCAAGUUGGUGAGCUUAUAGUAAAAUGUCUGGAAUCUGACCCCAAAAGUUGCCUUUCCAUGGAUCAAGUCCUGGAAACUUUAAAAAAAAUCAGUGCCAUUGAGGCAGACCCUAAAAAGGUUAGAGCCAAAGCCAAACACAAUUCUACUAAGCACCGAGAAGAGUCGUCUUCUUCUUCUUCUGAUUAUUCAUAA